AUGGACAAAGUCGUUACCGCCUUGGAGCUAGCUACGUCAAUUUCGAGAGCUGUCCCCGUCGCUGGAAACUACCUGGAGGGCUUACUGGGAACGGCUCUGCAAAUUGCGAAGAUCGCUGAGAAUGCGGAAAAUAGCAAGGAGGAAUGCGCGCUGCUCGCGGAGCGUGCUGCCUCCGUCGCUAUUGCCGUCACCAAUCGUUUCUCGGAGAAGCAGCAGGAACUGGUGAUGUCAACGUUGCAGAAUAACAUCAGUGCGUUACAAAUCGUAUUGGAGCGAACGCAAAGCCUCGCCCUCCAAUUGUCUAAACUAUCAAGAUGGAAGCGAAUGAUUCAUCGUUCUAAGAUAGAGAUCCAGCUUCGGGAAAACUCAAGCAAACUCGAUAACGCGAUUCAGGUCUUCCAGAUAAAAACGCAACUACAAUCCUCGCUGGAUCUGAAUGCGUUACAAGCUGGUUUGAAACUGGCUCUAGAAAACCUGUCCGAGAUGCGCCGACGCACGGAAGCUACCGCUCAUGACGUUGCCGCCGUCUCCAGUCGUCACGACGUUGCGAUACUUGAGUAUGAUCCUGACUUCCCGUUGUAUGGUCGGGGCGACUUCGUGUUCAGAGAAGAGAUAUGA